GACACUAACAUUUUGUCCCUGACUGCCUUAAAGCAUGCAGGACUUUGUUCAGGAAUUUGCUGUCACUUACAGCAUGCAUUGAGAGCUUUUCUGAGGGGUUGGGCAUUUUUCCUUUAUAAACACUGUCUACAGAACCAACAGCUUUGUUUAAAAGUAAUUGGCUUGGAUUUGUAUUGAACUGCUAACAUUGCUUCAGUGAAGAAUAAAAUGCAUUUUAGGAACCUUAACUACAGUUUUGGCUCCUUAAUUGCCUAUGUAGCAGACAGUGAUGUCUUCAAUCAAGUUGAAAUGAGGGCCAAAUUUGAAUCUCUCUUUAGAACAUAUGACAAAGAUGCCACCUUUCAGUAUUUUAAGAGCUUCAAAAGAGUACGAAUAAACUUCAGCAACCCUUUAUCAGCAGCAGAUGCUAGAAUCCAGCUACACAAGACAGAAUUUCUUGGAAAGGAAAUUAAGCUGUAUUUUGCUCAGACUUUGCACAUUGGAAGCUCGCAUUUAGCUCCACCAAAACCAGACAAACAGUUUCUGAUUUCACCUCCAGCCUCUCCUCCUGUUGGUUGGAAACAAGUAGAAGAUGCUACGCCGGUCAUUAAUUAUGACCUUCUCUAUGCUGUCUCCAAGCUAGGGCCAGGAGAAAAGUAUGAACUCCAUGCUGCAACUGAAACUACUCCCAGUGUUGUUGUUCAUGUAUGUGAGAGUGAUCAGGAAAAUGAAGUGGAGGAAGAGGAAGGCACACAGAAACCGAAACUAAAAAUUAUUCAGACAAGAAGGCCGGAGUAUACCCCUACUCAUUUAAGUUGAAGUGGUUCUAACUUUCAAGGGUUUUGAGUAUAUGUAUACAAGAAAAAUGCUUACAGUGGAAGCAUCAGGUCACAGUUUUGGUGGCAGUGGCUGCAGCAACAGCAUGAGAAAUUCCAAUGUAAUGUUACUUAGAAAAAAUGGAAGUUUCCUCAUUGUUUUUAAUGCUGCACAUUUUAUGUAUGGAAACCAAAAUCAUCUUCCAGAUCAGAGUUAGGGUGAUCAGAAAAAGGCUUUUUGAGGAAGAAUUGGUAAACUGAAGAUGCCUUUUUUCCCCCUUCUGGAAUUCUAGGCUGCUUCAUUAUAAAACAGUUGGAGAAAGCUUUCUUGGUUAAAUCUCACAUGAUACUUCUCUAAUUCAUAGCUAGACAUUAUGUGAAGUACAUGUAAUACUGAGAUACAAAAUUCUAAAUGUUUUUUCCUUAGGCUAGGUGGGUUUUGUGCAUGUGUAUUACUGGUGUUCAAAAGUAACUUUGCAUUAUUUUCUGUAUAGUUUCUCACUUCACACUUUUUUGAAAUCUGGGAAAUUGUCUUCAAUGUUUCUCUCAGCAUCCUGGGUCUCUUAGUAUAUGUAUGGUUUUUAUUGGUACCCAGUUUCCAGUGGGCAUACAAUUUAUGUAAUACCUUUAUUUUGGUGCAAUAUAAUUUGUGCUUUUACAAUUUUAAUCUGUUACAAGUUUGUGGGAUUUUGUCUAGCAAUGUUAAGAAAAAACUGUGCAAUAGGAAAAUUGUUCGAGUAAGUGAAUUUUAAAUUAUUUAAACUUUGUUAUGUUUUUUAAUAAUACUGGUUCAAUUAUUUUGACUUUCUCAUUUUGGAAAACAAAAUUCUUAAACAUGUAAAUAAAGCUAGUACUGUAUAUUCACAUCAAUGUACAGUUUUCAGUGAGAAGUAUGGCAGUGGAGAAAAACUUGAGCUGUAUUAAUCUUUACAUUGUAGCUGUUACAGUUAAACUUUUUAACAUUGAUUCAGCACAGAUGGUGUGAAAUAGAUAACAGGUGUAUAGUAUAGUUGAGAGGGAUGGAGUGCCUUUUACCCAUUAAUUCGUUAUGGGAUUGUUAUACUAGCUGAACACUUUUUGGACAGACUAUUAGAAAAAAAGAUACAAGUAUGUAUUCUCUUUUUGGCUUGGUUUUCAAAACAGGCUAGUAUUUAGAAAUGCUUCAUGCCAAGUAACAGUGCGUGCUUUAUCAGAUCAGAUGAAGGCUUGCUGUAGGAACCAACAAGCUUUCAUUCUGUUUGAUUUGCAUACAGUUUUUAAGGACAGUGGGGAGUGAUGUACAAACUUUCCUGUCAUGUUUACAUAACCACACUACUAUACCAAUUAAAGUGUUUCCAAGAACCUGCUUUUAAAAUGGAUAUUUUAACUUUGAACUAUUUUAAUACUUUUUAAAAAUACACUAAUAUAUUGACAAAAUAUACUAUUGGGGUGGACAUGUUUCUCUUCUAGAAGGAGAGGUAUUUCAGGGUUCAGACAUGUUUUUAGAAAGAACGAUCCUGAUCCUCUUAUUGAAGUCCAUGGGGAAUUUUGCAAUUAGCUUCAUUAGCAGUAGGACUAGCCUUGAGAUGAACCUUGUAGCUGAUGUUACAUUAAGACGAAGUGAGUUAUAAUGUGCCAAUUUCAGUUAAUGUUGACUUGGAGGCCCAACAUAAUACACUUCUGGGUAGAAAUAGAGCAAAUAUUAUAAAGAAUAGAAUAUUGUAUUUACUGGUAAAUUUGUGCAAUCAUUCCAACUGAUAAUACAGUAUUGACUCCACACUGCUAAAAGCCUAUCAUUGUGCUGGCCAAGAGAUAAAAUGUUAUUGUGACCAAAGAACAGAAACCUGUUAAGCCUCAGUAACAGUCUGGAGUGUAGGCCCCUACUGUGAUGGAUUAGAUUUACAGUGCAGCAUGCGUGUGCACAAACGGAAGCUAGCUUUUGGUUCUUAGUUGUGACAGUGAUAGAGAGAGACUCCCCCUGUAUAUGCUACUUGAUACAGGGUUUGUGGGUGUAGAAUGUCACCCAGUAUAGCUGUUAGGUCAGGGUUUGUGUUUAUUGCUGAUUUCAUACAGUGUGUAAAUAAAGGCACAUGAGUUACUUUUGUGCUACUGAAGUGUAAACAUCAGACUGCAAUGUAUUAGUCUGUUUUUAUUUUUAAGUGUAGGAUAUAAUGGCCAAACUAGCGAAACAUUGAUGGCCUACCCCAAAUGUCUCUGGGUUAGCUUUCAGAGCUCUCAUGUUGCCCAAGAAUCUGCAUCAAAAUUAGCAGCAGAUGUGUUACACUUGUCUUUCAUUCAGCACAAAGUCCUUAGCCUAAUUUCUGUGGCAUUCUCCUCCACCUCCCCUUUUGCUACAAGUCCCUGGAUACUGGGUGCUGUUACUAUUGCCUCUAGAGGACUGCCAGUAUCAUGCAUUGCUUGUUUUUUAAAAAAGAGAAUGUGAAACAAACAGUGACAUCUUCCAUGUUAGUACACAUUGAGACAUUAUUUAUGUUGGAGGAAGUCAUUCAGAAUCAGAAUUAUGAAUGAUUUGGACUGGCUGCAGUUUCUCACUCCCUACUGUAUUAACAUUGAUUGCGGGACGAUAGCUGCCCAUCUUGCUGUCUGCCCCCAGCUUAUUAUCCUGGCCUAUGUCUGUUCUCUCAGCACCAAUGUGAUGUAUGGCUCACUCUAUUUCUGAAUGAAUAUAACAGCUGUUAUGUUAAAACAAACUGGUAUUUUAUAAGAUUGUAUAUAAUAUGGAACAUAUUAAAUUAAAAUAUUUGGAUUGUC